GAUAUGUGAUAAAAUAUGAUACAAAUGUUACGACGAAGGCGGAAAUUAAAUCAGUCUCAUCUAUAGGGUGUGAUUGAUGAGGAUAAACAAACGUGUAGGUGUUAUAUCAUGAAAUGAAUAUAAAAAUAAACCACUAGUUCGAUCUAGUAUAAGUUCAUUUGGUCUAGUUUAAAGUGUAACGUAUAAGGUCAUGUUUACCAUGAAAACCGGAAGGUAAAGCAUCAAUAAACACCUCAGACAGAGGUCAAACGGUCGUCACGUGCCAAUGACGACAUGCACAGCUCGGUAUAAGAGGAUACUUGAUCAAUAUCCCGGACAAUUAUAACAGGACAGAUUCAAACGAUACACGUCCAACACACAUCUCCGCAAUGAUAUAUUAAAGCGUACGACAGAAUUUUACUCCUCAGCGAAAGUAUCAGGAUUGCCAGCUUUAUCCGUCUUCACGAGUAUGAAUAUUCCAAUUAGUGCCUCCCGCCCGGACUUUGUACCACCCAACUCUACAACGAACGACAGCACCUUCCUCAUUCGCCGUGAUUACCUGUCCAAGUUAGAGUGGCCUGCCUUGGUUCAUGCCACGUUUCCGGUUAUUAUACCGAUGUUGCUAAUACUCGGCAUCAUUGGGAACUCGCUGACAAUUGCUGUAUUGUGGCACAAGAAGAUGAAGUGCACCACAACCAUCCUGCUGUUCCGAGCCCUCGCCGUCACGGACAUGGUGGUCAGCGUGGUGUGGUCACUAAAUGCAGUGUCCGAAUAUUACCUUUUCCAGAUUCCGGAAGGUAGGUCCUAUUACCUGGACGUAGUGUAUCCGUGUAUUUACAUCGUCCUCCUCUACCUCAUUUACUUCUUCCGAGGUGUCAACAUCUGGAUCACUGUAACGCUCUGUGCGGAGAGGUUCAUCUUCGUCUGUGUUUAUUACAAAGCAAAUGUUCUGUGCACUAAGAAAAGAGUCACCAUCAUCCUCGCAAUCAUUACCGGAUUCUUCUUUGUGUUCAGCAUCCAGCAACUGAUCGAGUUUAAGCCGGUGAGGUACCCAUGUUACGGUGGCCUGUGUUACAUAAAUCACUUUACUGAGGUGGGAAAAUCGUUUUAUUACUCCAAGGGGCCAUUCUGGUUUAAUAUGUUGAUGUACAACAUUUUUCCAACUCUGCUUCUGAUAUCACUUAGUAUUCCCAUCAUCUGUAAACUCUGUGCAAUACGCAAGAAACGCGUACAGAUGAAGAGUACGACUCAAUCUUCCGGAACUCUUCAGAGAAAAGAGGCGAAUGUGACCGUUGUACUGUUGCUGAUUGUUUUGUUUUCAGUGUUGUCAAACCUUAACGGUCCAUACCUUGUGGCGGUGUACGUAUAUAACAUAUAUAGUUCUAGCUUCUUUUAUCUUAUCUGUAUAUUCAAUACCGUUGUUGUUUUCAACUCAUCAAUUAAUUUCGUCAUUUAUGGUGUGGUGGGAAUGAGAUUUCGAAAGAUUCUUAUAAAAAUAUUAAGAGAAGCAUACUACAAGGUGUUAAGGAAACCGGCUCCCACCAAAGCCAAGCCUGCACAUACGAGAGACGAAACGGCUUCAAGUGGCAACGUCAUAGAGUUAACUUCAAAUGACACUACCCUGUACAAUGGUAUCUAGACAUUUGUGCACAUGGCGUAGAUAGACCAGUGUGUUUGGCUGCAGAAAAUAUAUGUACCCAGACAUGAAUCAUGUAAUUGUAGAAGACAGGGGCGAAUAACUCUAUGUGAUCUGUCGCUACAACAGAAUGGAGAGGCGGAUAUAUUGUUAACCAAUUUAAUAACAGCAUAUAUAGCACUUCUUGUGUUUUCCAUUGUUUACUGGACGUGAAAGACACAAGUUCUAUAGUAAGGUAGUUUUUUUGUGCUACUCAGUUGAUAAUGUUGAAUAUUGUUUGCCAGGGUUAUUUUAGAACAUUACCAUACGUAUAUAUUAAUAUUUCCAGUGUACAGAGCCUAGAUGUUUCUACCGGGCCCAAUGUAUGUUAUUUCCGUAUAACAUACAUUGGGCUAUUGUGACGUCGCUAUGAUUAUGACGUCAUAACUGUAACGUUGCAGAUUGCACUGCUUCACUGUCAACUGGUGGCUGUUCUCUGUAUGGAUUUACACUGACGCUGAAACAUGUUCAGACUAAUAUUAUGUCUUUAGUUCUGCGUGAACUGUAAGUUGAUUAACAUAAAAUGUAA